AAGGUCGAGAGGGGAGGUGAACAAGGUGGUAAUUAAGGAGGAGAAUAAUGAACAGGCUUUUGCACAGAAGAGAGGAUGGCCAUAUAGCAGACAACAGGGGAUAAAACACAUCUGCUUCUGACUAGCUGUAAACGAUAAGAGAGAAGCAGAGAGACUAUUGUAAGUCCUCCUGCAGGAUCACUGUGGCCUUGAGUGAUGAAAAGCACGGAGGAGGAAGCCAGCUUUUUCCCUGAACACGACUGCCAGAGCUCCACUGCACCACCAGCCUCAAGCGAGACUAAAAGCACUGCCAGGGUAACAGCCACUCUGGGGGGAACAGCCUCUGGGUUCACUACUCUCCUGGGAAACAGUGUUGUGCUCUCCACACUCAUCCACAGACAGACAGAAAGCCGAGGAGCAAGUAUCAAGAGCCACAAUGACGGAACCGACGUCUAAAAAACAAGGAUUUAAAAAGUGUCGGAGUGCCACUUUCAGCAUUGAUGGCUUCAGCUUCACCAUUGUUGCCAAUGAGGCUGGAGACAGCAAGCGUCGUCCACUCGCCCGCUUUACACGAUCUCGGUCCCAAAAUGCGUUAUGCACUCCUGUCACGGCGCAUGCCGGCAUCAGUGAACACAAAGGAAUUCCGUUCGAUCCACGCAGCUCUGAAGAGAUCCUGGCUGAUGAGAUGCCAAUCCCUGAUGCCCCCGACGCCAUGGAGAAGACUGCUAUCAGGUUGCGAUGUCUUGUUAAGCAGCUGGAGAGGGGAGUAGCCUCUGUGGGGGAGCUUAAGAAGAACCUGGAGUAUGCUGCCUCAGUCCUUGAAACUCUAUACAUUGAGGAAACAAGACGGCUGGUGGAGCCAGAGGAUGAGCUGAGUGAUAUCCAGUCAGACUCGGUGCCAUCGGAGGUCCGUGACUGGCUGGCGUCCACUUUCACCCGGCAGAGAGCUCUGAUGCGCCGUAAUGAAGACAAGCCGCGCUUCCGCAGCAUCGUCCAUGCAGUGCAGGCUGGCAUCUUUGUGGAAAGGAUGUACAGAAGAACUUCAAACAUGGCUGGUCUCAGUUAUCCCCCAAAUGUCAUCACUGUACUCAAGGAUGUGGACAUGUGGUCCUUUGACGUUUUUGCACUGAAUGUCGCGAGUGGAGACCAUGCUCUGAAAUUCGUCUUCUAUGAACUCCUCACAAGAUACGACUUAAUCAAUCGGUUCAAGGUCCCUAUUUCUGCUCUCAUAUCUUUUGCGGACUCCUUGGAGGUGGGUUACAGCAAACACAAGAACCCCUACCACAACCUGAUGCAUGCUGCUGAUGUCACACAGACCAUCCAUUACCUGCUUCUCAAGACUGGUAUGGUGCACUGGCUCACUGAGCUGGAGAUCUUUGCGAUCAUUUUUGCAGCUGCCAUCCAUGACUUUGAUCAUACGGGGACCACCAAUAACUUUCACAUUCAGACCAGGUCCAACACAGCCAUGUUGUACAAUGACCGAGCUGUUCUAGAGAACCACCAUGUGAGCGCGGCCUAUCGUCUCCUUCAAGACGAUGAAGAAAUGAACAUCCUCUCUAAUCUUUCUAAAGAUGACUGGAGAGAACUGCGGGCUCUGGUGGUGGAGAUGGUUUUGGCCACUGACAUGUCUUGUCACUUCCAGCAGAUCAAAGCCAUGAAAAGCCUCCUGCAGCAGCCUGAAGCGAUUGACAAACCAAAGGCCUUAUCUCUUCUGCUGCACACUGCUGAUAUCAGCCACCCGGCCAAACGCUGGGCGCUUCAUCACUCCUGGACCUCAUCCCUGCUGGAGGAGUUCUUCAGACAGGGCGACAAAGAAGCAGAGCUGGGUCUACCUUUCUCCCCUCUCUGUGACCGCAAAUCCACCAUGGUUGCCCAGUCCCAGAUCGGGUUCAUUGACUUCAUUGUGGAGCCAACUUUUACAGUGUUGACAGAAAUGACUGAGAAGAUUGUGACACCGCUCAUUGAUGAGGCGUCUCGCUCUGGACUAGCUGGAUACAGUGACAUCAAUAUUAAUGGCAGCGAUGGAAAGACCUCCAGUGUGAAGAGUACAGGCUCAGAGGGCUGCUGCUCUUUGGCCUCAGUGGACUUCAAGAGCUUCAAGGUCACGUGGAACAAAGAGAUUCGUCACAACAGGGAGACUUGGAAGACACAGGCAGCCAAAGGUAGGCACACUGACUUCUUCAAAUCUCUCAGUAAAAUAAGUUUGGCUGUGGUGUUUGGGUGAUUUCCGGGGUUGCUGGCCUCCAGCGGACACUCGACAAACUGCAGGAUUUUGCUCUUCUGCAUUGGAUUCAGUUUUCAACACCAGAGGUUGCCGUUGGCAACUAGUUGUUUUUAUAGUGUGCAAAUAGCUUCGUCAUAUGUAUAGACUCCAUUUGUUUGUCAAUAAGCAGCAACUUACAUUUGGCCCCUGUACAUCUACUUCCUUUUCUGGCUGUUUUCUUAUUUGGUGUGUGCUUAUUA